GAAAAAGCCAAUUUUGUUUGUUUGUCCCUAGUUCUCCUUUUCUCUUUUGCAUGGCACCGUCACUUCCCGCCUGGCACUCUCAGGAGAUUGUGAAUUGAAGGUGGUCUGUUUGGGAGGUGGUCACUGAUCAUGGCUCCAGGUGACGAGUGGGAUGCUGAAAAGAUGCUUCAAGUUUACAUUCUUGAUUAUAUGAAGAAAAAGAAUAUGCACACCGCUGCUGAUGUAUUCGCCACUGAAGCAAACGUUGGCUCCAAUCCUAUUGCAAUUGAGUCUGCAGGGGGCUUCUUAGCUGAAUGGUGGUCAAUAUUUUACGAUGUGUUUGCCUCUAGGCAAGCAAUGGGUGAGCAAGGGACAAGUCAGCAAGAAGCCAGGGGAGAUGGUUCCAGCCUGGAGAUACAAACAACUGAAAAUGAACUACAAAGUCUCCAUCCUCUGGUGCCAAAUUUUGAGAUGAAUCAGCAAACUCCUGGGCUGUUUACUAAUCUGGAGAACAUGCUUGGGCAACAAUCAUCUUCUUUAUCAGCUGCAAAAAUGCACCGGCAACAACAAAUUGCUAGGCAGCCUCAACAACGGGUUCGGAGGGAUAAUAGACAAGGGAUUAAUAUGGGAAGGGCUACAUCUAUGGAUCCAACUCUCUAUGGAGUACCAAGAGCAGCAAUCCCAAGGGCUGGGCCUCUUGAUUCGGAGAUGAAUGAAGGAGUUAAUCCAAUGCCACUGAAAGGACAGAUGUCAUCUGGAACUGACCAAUUUCCCUCUGGUUUUGGUCAUCAGGGACUAACCCCAAUGUUGCAGCUACCAAUACAAAAACCACAGUUUCAACUGGCAAGAGCACAAUAUCAGCAAGAUCCCUCAAUCCAAAUCCUGCCGCACACAACAGUCAUGCUGGGAGUGGACCAGCUUCCUUCUAGUUUGGGCAUUCAGGGACUAAACCCAAUGUUUCAGUUACCAAAGCUACAGUCACAGUUUCAAUUGCCAAGAGCACAACAUCAACAAGGGCCCUCAACUCAAGGAGCUGACCAAAUUCCCUCUAGUUUGAGUCAUCAAGGACUAAAGUCAAUGUUGCAGCCACCAAAGCUUCAGCCACAGUUUCAAGCACUAAGAGCACAACAUCGACAAGAGUCCUCAACUCAACUAUUGUCACACACUCCAACCACAUUGGGAGUUGACCAAUCUCCCUCUGGUUUGGGUAAUCAGGUACUAAACUCUUUGCAAUCUCCAAAACAUCAAUCACAGUUUCAAGUGCCAAGAGCACAACAUCAACAAGAGCCCUCUACUCAAUUAUUGUCAAACACACCAGCCAUUCUGGGAGUUGACCAAAUUCCCUCUGGUUUGGGAAAUCAAGGACUAAACCCAACGCAAGGGCCAAACCCCCAGCAACAGUAUAGUAUGUCAAUAGCACUGGAGUCAAAUCCUCAGCAACAGUUUAAGGUACCGACUACUCAGCAUCAACAAGAUCCUUUAAAUCAAAUAUUGUCUGCACCAUCCACACAGUCAUCCUGUUUGGUAGGAGGAUCUACCAAACACUACCGCUAUGUUUGUUUCUAG